AUGGCGGCCGAACAACGAAAGCUGCUUGAGCAGCUAAUGGGAGCGGACCAGCUUGUAGGACUCGGGGCACCCUCUCGCAACGCUCAACUCUCUAUCACGGACCCGAAAGUUUGUCGCUCAUACCUCGUUGGAACCUGUCCGCACGAUCUCUUCACGAAUACGAAGCAGGACCUUGGCCCUUGUCCAAAGGUGCAUAGCGAAGGAUUGAAGGCAGAGUACGAAAGCGCGUCUCCGUCGGAGAAGGCGAAAUGGGGGUUCGAUUACGAUUACAUGCGAGAUAUGCAAAAAUAUAUCGAUGACUGUGACCGGAGAAUUGAAUCUGCCCAGCGACGUCUGGAGAAGACACCGGAUGAAAUCCGACAGACGAAUAACCUGCUCAAACAAAUUUCCGACCUAACGAAGACCAUCAACACCGGUCUUCUCGAAGUCUCCGUACUCGGCGAAACAGGCUCCGUCGCGCAAGCCCUGAACGAACUCCACAAGAUCCGCACCGCAAAGCACCAAAAGGAGACAUGCGAGCGGGAGCUCAAGAACCUCCAGGAUACAUCCGGUCCCUCGGGACACCAAAAACUUCAAGUGUGCGACGUCUGCGGAGCGUACCUUAGUCGGCUGGACAACGACCGCCGCCUGGCGGACCAUUUCUUCGGAAAGAUGCACAUGGGAUACUCAGAUAUGCGCAAGGGCUUCAAGAAGCUGAGCGAGGAACUCAAGGGACGGCCUCCGCCUAUUCGUCACCACGACGAGGAGGAUGGCGGUGGCUGGGGAGGUCGAUCUGGUGGUGGACGGGGACCACGGUAUGGUGGUGGUGGAGGUGGUGGUGGUUAUAAGAAACGGAGCGGGCGGUGGUGA